AUGAGGGGCGCUGCAGCCUCCCCUUCCCGCUUCUGCCAUUCCAGGAAACACCUGGAGAAGGCACGCUCACAAAGGCAAACCCCGCGCCCAGAGAGAGAGCCGCCGCCCUCCUGCCCCAGCAGGGCCCGGCCGGGGGGCGAGCGGGCAGCCACUCACCCAUCCAGGGGCAGCCGCCGGAGAGCGGCCCGGCUGAGCGCGGAGUUCCCGCGGCCGCGCAGAGUUGAUCCGCACCCAACUUGGCCGCCCGCUGCCGCGCUCGCACGCCCAAGCAGCGCCAGCCUCGCCGCUUCCGCGCCUGCCGGUGCACGAGCAGGCGUGCCCCCGGCAGCACCAACUCCCAGCUCCACAGACACCAGCGCCCCACAAGCUGUGGGGCAACGGGCUGCUCCGGGGGGUGAGGGAGCCCCCUCCGCCAAGGAAACCCGCUCUUCCCCCUCAAUGCGAGGCGGGCGUCUCUGGAAGGAGCAGCGGCAGGUCAGCCAAAGCAGCAGCCUCCCUCCCCCGCUCCAAAAAAUGUGCUAUUUUCCCCCUACCGAGACCGGGGAGCGCUCCGAGGGGUCUCCUCGCGAGGGUCCAGCAGAUGGAGGGAAGCGAGCGGACUCCGAAGCCCCGCAGAGCCCGGCAGCUCCUUGCCAGGAGAUCAAAGUCAAAUUCACCAGAAACCGAUUAAAAAUAAACAUGGAACGGCUUGGUCUCUGCCUCUCAUCCGCACGUGCGGGGACUGGGAACAUCCACAGGCGGGGACGGAGCGGGGAGAGGAGGGCAGACCUGGACGGGGAUCGAAGGGAGCGCAACCGACCCCGUCGAUCGCGCAGGGGCCUCCAAACCACGGCAAGCCGGCCAGGACCCUCCCCGCUUGCGGACCCCCCUGUUCCGCCCAUGUCCCCCCAGUCUGGCCGAGGGUCCCCAGCCAACCAGCCGGGCUCCGGCCAGGGCCUCUGCUGGGCGACCGGAGGCGGGACGGGGAGGCACGCGAAGCGAACCGUGGCUGCCGUCGGAACAAGAAGCGAGCUUUCGAAAGCCGCGGCUCCCGAGCGAGCGAAGGCAGCGUUUCCAGCCCCGCGACACCCCUGCGAGGCCUGGCACCGGAGCGCCCGGUUCUUCUCCCGAGGCUACCUGGCGGCGGCAGGCCCGGCUAGGGGCGCGCGGGCAAGGCGAAGGGUUGCCUCCACAGGGGCCUCGCCCCUUCGCGAAAGGGGGCGCCGCCCCGAGGGACAGAGGCCCAGCGACGCCCCCAGCCCACCAAGGGGCCCGGGGCCGUCCCCUCCGGGAGCAGCGCCGGCGACGAGAGCGGCGGAGGCGGCGCCAAAGUUUGCCGAGCGGCGGCGGAAAGUUGCGCUCCUCGGCGGCGGCGACGCCCUCCGCUGCUGCCGGACGGGGCGGGCGCCCACCUCCCGGCGCGGCGGCGGCGGCGGCGGCUGCUCUUACCUGGGCGGCGGGCGAUGCUCCGGCGACAGCUCCUCUCGUGGCGGCGGCAUCGGCACCGGCUCAGCGCCGCGGAGCGCGAGGCGAGCUGCAGCCGGCGCGGCGCGAGGCCAGCCCUCCGUUCGCCUCGCCCAGCCCCGGCGCCGCUGGAGCGCGCAGAGCGCACGGCCCGGGGAUCCGCGAGCCAGCUUCGCCCGCCGCCGGGGACGAAGGUGGCGGCGGCGCGCGGAGGAGGGAGCUCGGCGGGCGGCGGGGGCGGCACCCGGCACGGAGCCACGGGGACGGGUGGGGCGGCCGGGGCUGGCGCCGCCGCAGGACGAGCAGGAGGCGGAGGAGAGAGCCUCUUGCGCCCCGCUCCGGCCCGGCUUCUCCGCCGCCCGGGGCCCUUCUCCGCCCGCCCCCCGCCCUCCACAGGCAACCGGAGGGGCUGCGCCCGCUCCCUGCCGCCCUCUGGCGCCGACGGCGGCUCUUCCACGGCGGCUCUUUGGCUCCCUCCAGCGGCGACGGGGCGCCGCGCUGCUCGCCUUCGUGCUCUGCCCGCUGGGCCCCGUCGAGCCCACGCGGCGGGCGCCCUCCCCGUCGCCAAACAACCCGCGCUCUCCGCGCAAAAAGAGGCUGCCCGGGCAGACAAGCUCCUCCUCCUCCUCCGCUCUUUCAGCGCGGAAGGCUGAGCGCUCUGCACGCGCUCAAGAGCACGCCCGCCAUUCUUCUUAG